AUGGAGAAACUAGUAAAGAAUAAUCUUAAAGUGUCUGCCGAGAGCUCCGAGCACGGCUGUCCUGGCGCUCAUCCUCUGCUCUGGGCGGGCGAGCCGCGGCGUCGGGUGGCUCCGCGUGACCCCGGGCAGCGUGCACGGGGAGGCGGCGGGACGUGGAAUCCAGUCCCUGGUGGUCGCGUGGAGGGCCCCGCCGGGCGCCUGGGCCCCUGGGCCCCGCGUGCACAGUGGCGGGGAGUUGCCAGCCCGAGGCUCCGUGGUGGUGGUGCUGCUGCGGCCUCGGCCUUUUUAAAACUCAGGAAAAAGGACAUUAAAGGGGGCGGAGAAGGCGGGAGAGUUUCGAGGACGGGUGUUGGCCGGGUGGCCUAUGUCUCAUCUGGGCCUCAUGCAGGAAAGCUGGUGGCGAUUGUAGAUGUUAUUGACCAGAACAGGGCUUUAGUGGAUGGCCCUUGCACUAGGGUGAGGAGGCAGGCCAUGCCUUUCAAGUGCAUGCAGCUCACUGACUUCAUCCUCAAGUGCCUACACAGUGCCUGGCAGAAGUACGUACGAAAGGCUUGGGAGAAGGCAGAUAUCAAUACAAAAUGAGCAGCCACAAGAAGGGCCAAGAAGAUUGAUGCCAGAGAAAGGAAAGCCAAGAUGACAGAUUUUGAUCGUUUCAAAGUCAUGAAGGCAAAGAAAAUAAGGAACAGAAUAAUCAAGACUGAAGUGAAGAAACUUCAAAGAGCUGCUCUCCUGAAAGCUUCUCCAAAAAAAAGCUCUAAGGCUGCCAUUGCUGCAGCAGCGGCUGCAGCAGCAGCCGCAGCUAAAGUCCCAGGCAAGAAGGUGACAGGACCAGGCAAGAAGUCUGCAGGCCAGAAGUCUGCAGGCCAGAAGGCAGCUCCUCCUGCUAAAGGUCAGAAGGCUCAGAAGACCCCAGCCCAGAAAGCACCUGCUUCAAAGGCAGCUGGCAAGAAAGCAUGAAACUGUGCAAAGGAAUAAAGGUUCUUUUUGACAUGU